AUUCCUGUCGCACUCGAUACAGUUUCUCCAAUUUUGCUCUGAUUAUUCUAAACGUGCGGUGAGUUCAAUCCAUCACAAUAAACGCAAUAACAUAUAUCAGAUGUUAAAAAUAAACUAAUUCUCGUAACAGAUUUGGAAUUGGAUCCAAAAUGUUUUCCAAUCAUAUGACAAUGAUCGUGCGGCUGGCUGCACAGCAGCAACAGCAACAACAACAACGAGGUAUGGCGACCCUCAAAGCCAUUUCCAUAAGAUUGAAGUCCGUAAAGAAUAUCCAAAAGAUCACGCAAUCAAUGAAAAUGGUGUCUGCUGCUAAGUAUAGUAGAGCGGAACGUGAUUUGAAACAAGCUCGCCCGCUUGGUGUUGGUACAAAAAUGUUUUACGAACAAGCAGAGAUUCAGGCACCGGCGGAAGAACCAAAGAAACUGGUGAUAGCGGUAACGAGCGACCGUGGUCUGUGCGGUGCUGUACACACCGGAGUUUCUCGUAACAUUAGAGAUGCUCUUUUAGCAGAUUCCACCGAACGCGAGAAUACAAAAAUUGUAUGCAUCGGUGAAAAAUCACGAGCAAUUUUAUCCCGUAUAUUUGCCAACAACAUACUCUUUGUUGCAUCUGAAGUUGGUCGUAAGCCGCCUACGUUUAAUGAUGCCGCUAAAGUGGCGACUGAAGUUAUGACUAGCGGGUACACCUUUGGUUCCGGCCGCAUUGUCUACAAUCGAUUCAAAUCAGUCGUAUCGUAUUCCGUCGACCAACUGCCUCUUUUUGACAAAAAUUCAGUUGUCACAGCGCCUAAAUUAUCUGUAUAUGAUUCUCUUGAUGAGGAAGUUAUUCAAAGUUAUUUAGAAUUCUCUCUGGCUUCUUUAUUGUUCUAUUCGAUGAAGGAAGGCGCCUGCAGCGAACAAUCUAGUCGUAUGACGGCCAUGGAUAAUGCCAGUAAGAACGCGGGAGAAAUGAUAGACAAAUUAACUCUAACAUUCAAUCGUACCCGACAAGCUGUAAUUACUAGGGAACUUAUUGAAAUUAUUUCUGGUGCUGCUGCAUUGGAUUAAACGAUACUCGAAAUUUUUCAUAAAAUUCAUACACGAUAGUGUUCGACUGUAGAUCAGAAGAAUGUAAUCAAGUGAAGAUAAACCGUAUGGUUUACAUGGAAAACGAAACUUGAAUCGAUGGUGGGAUAAAUUUGUUGCAAUUGACGGAACGUUUAAAAGUACAGCAAUAUUUAUAAAUCCAUAUUUGAAAUAAAUCAUUCAAAACACUA